CAUGUAUUUCAUGAACGUAACAGGAGAACAAACUCUAGGGGUGUGGUCACCAUUCAAUCCAGUCAGAGAUGACUACUCCAGACAAAUAGGACCUUAUACGGUGUGUUGUUGGGAUUCGUUCUUGCAAGAAUGUUCCGAGGAGGGGGUUAAAUUCGGAGACCCACAGAGUGUGCCUUUGUAUGAGUUUUCGAGUAGUUCUACUGUUCUGCCUCUCUCGCCCUCGGACAAACUGAACGAGCCCCGCUUGAUGUACUAUCUGCCCGCUGGUUUUUACACCCCAUACGAGAACCCGUUGGAUGACUCUAUUAUCAGGUAUUUAGGAAAUCUGCAGCUCGGGCCUGAACUUGGCAUGAGUGUAUAUCAGAUAAAGUCUGGCUUGUUCCAUUGCAAUGGACGCCUAUGGCUCUUUCCAGACGCUCUUUUUCUCGGCCAAUUGAAAGGCGCGAUUGUAAGAAGCAGAGUUUGGACCAGUUAUGCAUCUCUGCUCUACCAGAACGUAUUCAAAAAGGAAAAUAUGUUUGGUUUCGACUGGCUCCAAACUGCUAUCAACACCGGAUUCACGUCUUUCGCGAACAAGUUUAGACACGACUUGGCUCCAAUAAAUGACUUUUAUGAGGGAGAACUUCGUACUAGCAAACAGGUUUCCGGGUAUGCAUUGUUUCGAACUGAGCUGAUGAAGAGAGAAAAACGCGGAACGGCUAUAGAAGAUCAUAACCUGGUUCUCAAAUGGUUUGCUUACUAUUUCAAAAGUAUCCGACAAAUGUUACCUUUAUUCAAUGACGAAGAACCUGAUGAGGAUGAUCGAUACUUCCUGCUUGACUUGUUUUUCUACGGCUUCUACGGAUUGAAAAACUGGAGAUGGAGUAAUGUUCCAUCCAGAGAACGCGCCAUGGAUUUCUUUGACCAAAGAUUGCAACAAUUGACCAGGGAUGCGUUGGAUAAAGCGGCGGCGAUAGGUGAGGCAACGCAGGAAACGGCGACGGGUUAGCAACAGAACUCGAUCCAGGAACAGAAUUCAAAUCUCUAAUUGGAUCCGAAUGAUCACUGGAUCGCCUUAAAAUAAAACAAGAAAUAGCAAGACGACUGUUUAAUCAAUUCCUACAUAGAAUUAAAUAACGGAAAUUAAUAACUAUGAAACUGAGAAAUC